UGCGCCCAGUCGUAGCGCUGCGCUGAAAACAAAUAUGGGUGCUAUCUUGCUGUAGAAACAAAAAACAAAAAGUUUCAUAGUAGCUUAAGAGAUCGUUGUGUCGAACUGUAAUGUCACGGUACAUUGCCAUUAAAAGUUAUCCACGCUGUUGCUAGCGCUGCUAGCAUUAAGGAGACAGCGGUGAUUAACUAAUUAAACAUUAGACGCAGAUCGGCACGAUGUUCGUUAACACGGAGAGAGGCAAAGGAGGUAACAUGGUAGGCCUAAUCAUUUUGCUAUGACGAAUGGAAACAACACUCUAGGGGAUCAACUAUUAGCUAAGUUAGGCUAGCGCCCGAAUCCUAGCGAAGGCAGCAGCCACCAGAUGCUGUUGAAUAGUUAGCCUAGUGGAGUGCUGAACCUGGCACAGUCAUGAGUCGCCAGGGUUGCAAGUGGACUUGUCAGCACUGCACGUACGAGAACUGGCCAAAAGCGCUGCGUUGUGUCAUCUGCCAGAACCUUCGGCCCACACUAAUCGAAGAGGAAGCGUCCAGCGAGGAACGUGACAUUUACAAGAUCUCGCCCAUAGUGUCCCCUGAUCCGGCCAACCCAUACCAGAAAUGGGCAUGCGGUCGGUGCACGUAUCUCAACUGGCCCCGGUCAAGCAAGUGCACCCAGUGUCUGCAACUGCGAGGGUCGCCAAGCGUUGUGCCAGCCAGCCCGCCAUCAAGCCAGCCACAGCAGGCCACAACGUCUACUGAAGUAGCCCACAGCAGUACUGACUUACGUUGCAAGUGGACUUGCCAUGCCUGCACCUACGAGAACUGGCCAAAGUCACGAAAGUGUGUCAUGUGUAAUGUGGGUCGUCUGAAAGGCGACUCACCAGUCGGCAAUCGGACUCCUGAUCCUGAUGACCAGCGUAAUAACUCUGCGGGAGUUCCAUCCAUCUGUACUGGUGGUAGCAACCGUCUCACGGGAACAACUGAGAUUGAGGUGCAAGUGUCUGCUGAUGAAAACCCUCUCGGCAACAACUACCUGUGUAGUUUGCGGCGACAGGCACGUGAAGUGGAUCGGCUGUGGUUAAAUGCCUGUCGGGCUGUUGUGGACGGAAAUCCUGAGCCCAUCAGCCGUUACCUGAGCUCUGGUGGAGACCCUGCACGACAGCUGACUCAUGCUGAGGCAGGGCUGCUUUCUCGCACUGCAAAAUUUGACCCGGGCUUCACUCUUGCACACAUGGCCAUUCGCCAAGAGCGAGAAGACAUCCUGGCUCUGCUGCUAUCCAAUUCGGGCAUGACUCACCCUGUUGCCAAGCGUGUUCCAUCAGAUGUUGGACGAGAUGCUGCUGCUGACAUUCGGCACCACAUUACUGCCUCCUUCAAGCAGAAGAAGGGACCCUUUUCUUGCUACUUUGUCACUGAAUUUGUCACCUUUGCAUUACCGACAGAAAUCAGAGAGUUUCAUCCAUCUGUGCAGAAGGUUCUGUUUGAUGAACUACUGGAUCAGGAUGUGCAAAAAGAGCUUGAGGAAGACUCAGCCAUCAUCAACUGGAGCCUGGAGCUUACCGAGACCUUGGGCUCAAGGCUGUAUGCCCUCUGGAAUCGCAGUGCUGGCAACUGUCUUCUAGACUCUGCACUACAAGCCACCUGGGGUGUGUUUGAUCGGGACAACUCGCUGCGCCAAGUUCUUGGAGACAGCUUGUGCGAGGCUGCCUCCGUGCUGUAUCCCAGGUGGCGAGAGGCGGAGGCUUUGCAGGCUCGGUUGCUGCACUUCUCGCUGGACGAGGCACAAUGGCAGGAGGACUGGACCACUCUAGUUUCCCUGGCUGCGCAACCUGGAUCAGCACUGGAGCAGAUGCAUGUGUUCACUCUGGCUCAUGUGCUUCGGCGCCCCAUUGUUGUGUAUGGCGUCAAGUAUGUCAAGAGCUUUCGUGGCGAGGCCCUUGGCUAUGCCCGUUUUGAAGGCAUCUACAUCCCACUGUUGUGGGAGCCAAGUUUCUGCUGGAAGUCCCCCAUUGCACUUGGCUACACACGUGGCCAUUUCUCAGCCUUGGUGCCCAUGGAGCCAGAGCCAGAAGUGAUUUGUGGUGCUGGGGCUAACGCGCGGGAUGACCUGCAGGUGGCCUUCCUUCCUCUGAUGACAGCGGACCGUCAGCUAUUGCCAUUGCACUUCCUCACUCAGGGAGAGGUUGGUCGUGAGGAGGAAAUAAUCAAGCAGUGGCUUGACUGCUGUGUAACGGAGGGUGGCCUGCUUGUGGCUCAGCAGAAGGUGCCCCGGAGUCCCCACUUGGUGCUACAAAUGGUGGAUCAGUGGCUGGAGGCCUAUCGCAAGCUGUCGCCCCACCAUCGGCUCACCGAUUCUCAGAGUGGCUACUCAAGUGAUGGUGAUUCUGACCAAGAGUAGUCCGUGCUAUAUGUCCAGGGUGAGACGUCACCCAGGGCAUUCCCAAGCAGAGCUGCUUGCACUGGCCCCCUAUUUUGCCCAACAUGAAGUUUACCUGUAGAGGCCUGUGCUCACCUGUGGACAGUGCUUGUCGGUAGUGAAAGGGCUGGCCAUGUCACAGAUGCAUAAAUCUGUCGCAAGACUGUGAAGCGAGUGACCAGCCAUUCUGUGAGAGCUCUGCAGUGUAUGGGCAGCAAGGUGUGACUGUCAUCUUCUGUUUGAAAGUGCCAAUCACUUGGCCUUUGACACUUUUUGUUGUUGUUGUUGUUGUUGUUGUUGUUUUGUUUUUUUCUCUGUUUUUUAGUGUGUUUUGUUUUCCCUUCUUUGUGCAUGUGUGUGUGUGUGUGUGUGUGUGUACGCGCGCACUUUUGGUGUGUGCACUUAGCCAAAAAUAGGGGGGUACAUAAGUAGAUAUUCAACAUGGAAAUACAAAACCUUUUGUGCAAAACAGCAUGUGCAUACAUGAAGAAUGGUGCCACCUGCACUCACUCAUUAGGGUUCUGCCUGCUGGUGGCACCCUGCCAUAAUUUUUCCUUUUAUGCAUGAUUAGGUAGACUCAUUGUGUGGCAUAAGGCAGGCAUGUAGGCUGUUUGGGAGGGUUUAGAAGUUCGACUUCAUCAGCUUGAAACGGAGAAGUCAUGUCCCUGUUGGUAUACAUGCUAGUGUCCUUAUAGCCAGUAGAGAUGAACUGUGAUUUCUAAUCGUAGUGUUUUCUUUGCAAGCUCAUAAACUUGCUUGUUUUCAGUACCUAGGGUUUACACGGGUUGAGCAUACUGUGGAAGCCUGCACAAGCACGUGAAUACAUCAGGGGCAUGAGAAUACAACAGUAAUAACACAAAUGCGUAGAAACAGAGUUUAGGAGCAUACAUAAAUACUGCUUAGCAGCUCAUAAAAUGACAAAAUUUGUGAAUGCAUAAAAUGCAUCAUUUUGUGCGAAUUAUUUACAAAUGUCUCUUUCAUGGGCUAAUGCACAGUAGAUUGUGUUGGUGGCUUAUCGCUGUCAAGUGAUGAUCAGCAGUUUCUUGUUGGAUGUGUUGGUACAAGGCUGGAAUGCUUGUCCCAUCCAGCUUGUCCUGACCAUUUCUUGUGUAUGCAUCUGUGCACUGGUUUUUCUGCUUAUUCAGCAAUUUCUUGUGGACUUAGUGUGUUGACCAUUUGGUGCAUUAGUGCUCCAGACUACUGUGCAGCUUAUUAAUAUUUAAAUUGUUUUAGCUGUGUCAGUGUUGUCUCCUGCAAUUAGAACAACCACAGCUGCUUUCCUGGUCAUUGCCGUGUUUUGAAAGCACAGUGGAACCUCGUUGAUACAAUUCUGCGUAAUACGUUUUUCGGAAUGAUCAAUUUUUUUGUUUUCUUUUCCCGAUAAUAUGAUUCGGUUGGAUAAUAUGUUCGAUGAUACAAUUUUCGGAUGAUACGCUUUAUUUUCUGGUUCCCGUGAAAAUCGUAUCGAGAUUUCACUAUAGCUAGUAUCUCAAAAACUAUUGUGCACACAUGCUGUUUAAUUCAAGGCCACGUUACAUGCUGUACAUUAGAUGGUAUUUGAAGCACACACCAUGAAUACCAAUCUCUCAACUCCUCCGAAGAGAGUGCGUUGCUCUCGGCUCCAACCAUGCUGAAGUAUUGAAACAGGCUGUAGCAGUUUGGCCCAUUGACUGCACGUGACCCUUUGGCAGACUUUUGAAGCAAUCAGAUGUGUGCCUUCUAUAACAGCUGGACCAGUGGUUGCACCUGCCCCCUGAGUGGUCAGGGUCCUUGCCGUCCCAUUUCCACCCUGCUCUGACCCCUCUUCCAACAUGUGAGUGCACAGUCAAAUAAUGCAGGCCCUUGUAGGUCAGUGCAGUUCAUGUUUUCACCACUUCAGAGUAUACCUUUAUUUAUUUGCAAAGUUCAGAGCUGGACAACAUAGUGUAUGGUAUCAGCUAAUGCAUAAGGCGCUAGGCAAACAAUAUAUCUACAUAUACAUAUAUAUUUGUGUAUAUGUACAUAUAUACUGACACCCAUUGUAACCUCUUCAUUUCAUAUAUUUGUGUGAUAGUUUGUCUUUUCAAGAGUGGAAAAAAGUGUGUGUGUGUGUGUGUGUGUGUAAUGUAAAAUGCAAUUUAGAUUUAUAUCAUAGUUGUAAUAUAUUACACAGUUAUAAAUAUAUUAUAAAUAUAUUGCACAUACUGGUUGUUUCAAAAAUGACCGUAUCCAGUCAUAUGUUUGGGGAUUCAGGGACAAAAUUGCAACUACAAAAGUAAUAGCAAUGACAGACUUUAACAAAGCCAUGUAAGAAUUGGCAGUAAUGUGGUAAGUUAACUAAACAUUAUUAAUUUCAGAUUGAAUACUUUAGUGUACAUGUCUUAGUUGCAGAAUUGAAGUUGGUUGGUACUCUUAUGGCGUAUUCACCUAGUAGAAAUCUCUAGAAAGUGGUGCUGUUCUCAGAAUUACUACUUUUUGAGCUCUGGCCAGCUUGAAUUUUGCAACUGCAACAUGUCUCUUAAAAUAGAAACUUAAAAUGUUGGUUAGUGAACUUAGCUUAUUGGCCUUGGUUAUAUAUUUUCUGAUAUCCACCACGAUUAAUCUUGUCCAGGCAAAAUUUUUUUGGUCUUGACUCCCCAAUUUUUAAUAAUUGGAGACGACUAUCGUGGAAACACCUGGUGCAUGAAUGAAAUAUAGAGGUAGCCGGAGCACCCAACCUUUGUGCCUCCCUCGACGUGUGAUGUUUGGAAACAGCAUUGUUCUGGUUUUUGUUUCUGUUGAGUAUUGUGUGCUGCAGUCAUAACAUGAGCAGAGGUUGCUGGCGCUGGGUGUCUGAUGUGAUUCAGUUUUUAUUUGAAGUUUCAUUUUUGUAGUUGUUUCAGAGUGGUUGCUGUGUUUUAGGCUGUGAAUUGCUGUUUUCUUAUUUGUGCUAAUAACAUAAAGCUGUUGAUUCAGCUUUCCGAGUACAAGCUCCAUUUUUUAGAAGCACGACAGUUAUAAAUGCAUAUUGGUAGCAGCAUUCAUAUAUAUGCAGCAUAGAUGUUAGUCUAGCUGUAUAUUGACAGGAAUCUAGGUUUUCACUGGCCAAAUAAAAUCUUUAACAUAUUU